AUGUGCAUUGAUGAGACUGCACUGAUGGGCACUGAUAGGCAGCACUUAUGGGCACUGAUGAGGUGGCACGGAUAGGCAGCACUGUGAUCAGGGGCGGGCUGACAACUCAUGGGGCCCCCGGGCAAUAGGGGAUCAUGGGGCCCCUUUGUUCUUGCCCAAACUCAAAAAAGCCUAUGAAAAAAGGUACCAGGGGCAUCUCAUGGGGCCCCAUACUGACCCCGGGCCCUCGGGCAGUGCCCGAGUUUCCAAAUGGUCAGUCCGCCCCU